GUGAAUAGUAUGUAGUACUUUAAUCUCAUAUCCUUGUUACAUAAACUAGGAAGCAGAAGCUCCAUAUGCAGAAGGCCAGAUUCUUCCUGUUCUUUUCCUCGUGUCUGCACAUUCCCAGAGCCUCCAUUUUCUUUGCAAUGGGAGACAUGGCCUCCAAGAUGAAGAUGCCUACAGAGGAAGAGGCAUUGCCAGGAAGAGACAAAAAGAUCAUAGUUUCCAACACUCAUGCAGCCAACAAGAAUCCCACAGUGCCCCCUUUCCCAGACAAUAUGAAGAUGUUCAUGUUUGGCAUGGGUUGCUUUUGGGGUGCAGAAAGAAAAUUCUGGAAAAUGUCAGGUGUUUUCUCUACUCAGGUUGGUUAUGCUGGGGGUUUCACCAAAAAUCCCACAUAUGAAGAAGUGUGCACAGGACAAACAGGCCACAAUGAAGUGGUCCGAGUUGUAUAUGAUCCCGCCAAGGUGGACUACUCUGCACUUCUCAAGUUGUUCUGGGAGAGUCACAACCCCACCCAGGGGAUGCGUCAGGGGAACGACGUGGGCACCCAGUAUCGCUCUGGAAUCUACUACUAUGAUGAUGACCAGAAGACACAGGCUCUUGAAUCCAAAGAAACCUACCAGAAGGUUCUGUCCAGGAAUGGCUACUCCACUAUCACCACAGAGAUCCUCCCAGCUCCAGAGUUCUACUAUGCAGAGGAUUAUCACCAACAGUAUCUGUAUAAAAACCCCGGGGGGUAUUGUGGACUGGGAGGUACAGGGAUCAGUUGUCCCAUAGGACUGAAGACCAAAGACAAGGAUGAACUGUGACUAGGCAGAUCAGGGAAGAGCAACUUGUAAUAGAAUUCAGGCCUGCAAUAUUGUCAGUUUUGUUGAUAUAUGGCCUAUGAUUUCUUUAAGAGACUCAGUAUUUUAUUAUCAUUCAUGCAAAAUGUGAUUAAAGAUGUUUUAACUGGGAGAGAAGACUUCAUUACCAAUCAUGUUUUAGUGUAAUCUGGCACUACUUAUCCACCUAGCCUAAGGAGAAGCUUACAAAAUGCACAACUUUCUACCUGCUGGCUGAGUUAUUUUAUUGUCUGUUGUUUUAGAGACCAUUCCCAGACCCUAUCGUACUAACUUUAGAUCGAACUAUCUCCGAGGGGAUUCUCGCUUAAUUGCAAUUAACUUAAGCGACUUAGAUGUCUGUCACACCUACUGAAGCUGAUAGAGGUUAAUUAACUAUCGUUAGGAGCUUUAGUAGGAGUCCCAGACAUCUAAGCCGCUUAAGUUGAAAGCAAUUUAGCAAGAAACCUGUGUGGAGAUGGCCCGAUCCUGUUAGAUCAAUCCAGGGAUGGGAACCCAGUCUUAGUGUAACCUGGCACUGUUUACUCAUCUACCCAGCCUGAGGAGAAACUUACAAAAUGCACAACCUUCUACCUGAUGGCGGAGUUAUUUUAUUGUCUGUUGUUUUACGACUUUUAUAUUGUGCCUGUGACAGCCGUGUUCCUUAUAAUGACCUGUGAUGACACUGAUCUGAGUGUUAUUUAUAUUGUAUUGUCUUAUUAAGUAUUAACAUAAAUUAUUAUAAUAAAA